AUGGGGAGCAAUUUCCAUGAGCUGCCGCCGUCGAAGCGAUUCAAGCUUCUCCACCGUCAGGAGCCACCGCAGCAGCCCAGCGCCCCGCCGUCCGCCGCCUGCCUGCCGGCGAAGAAGAGGAUUGAAUCCCACCGCCUCCACCUUCGGCCGGAGCAGCACAAACCAGAGCCAGACCUCCCCUACUCCUGCUGCCUUCCCGCGAAGAAGAGGAUAUGGGCCCCCCAUCCCCUCCUCCCCUUCCCACCGGAUGCUGUAGAGGACGACGAACCCUCGAAAUUUAUUGCCCCUAUGAAGCCCAAGGAAGAAGAUCAAGAAGGAGAAAAAGAAGAUGAAGAAGAAGAGGAAGAGGAAGAGGAAGAGGAAGACGACGGCGUGGUGUGCGCGGUGUGCAAGAGCACGGACGCUCACCCGCAGGAUCCCAUCGUCUUCUGCGACGGCUGCGAGCUCAUGGUGCACGCGUCCUGCUACGGAAACCCGCUGGCGAGAGGCGUCCCGGAGGGGGACUGGUUCUGCGAGAGGUGCGAGAACAAGGAGGAGAGCACUGAGUGCUGCCUCUGCACGGCGAAGGGCGGCGCCACCAAGCGGACCACGGACGGGCGUUGGGCGCACAUCCUCUGCGCGCUCCUCGUGCCGGAGGCGUUCUUCCACGACGGGGAAGGGCGGGAGGGGCUGGACCUGUCGCGGGUGCCGGCAAGGCGGUGGGAGGGCGCCUGCUACGCCUGCGGCUCUUCCGAGGGCUGCGUCGUCGACUGCUCGGAGGCCAGAUGCGGCCUCGCCUUUCACGCCUCCUGCGCCGUGGACGCCGACCUUUGCAUCGAGUACAGGGAGGGCAGAGGCGGCGGCAUCGUCGUUGGCUUCUGCCACGCCCACACCCAGCUCUGGAAGAAGGUAACCUGACCCACCUCCUGAACUCUCUCUCUCGCUAGACGCUCGAGCUCACACAUCGUUUUCGUCUCCAUGGGCAGCAACAAGUGACCGGAAAGUUCAAAUUCGUGCCUCAGCAAAAGGAAUUCUUGAAGGGGAAGGCCAGAGAUUGA